AUGAUAAAGACAGAGAAACAUUUGCGGGUUAGAAAUUACCGCGGUCAAACGGUGAGAGUUGUCCGAGAGCAUUAUUUGCGCGAAGAUGUGCCGUGUAACAGUGAACUGUGUUUGGCAGGAUGCCCAUCAGAUGGUAAAACCUUGUUACCAAUGGCGACACACUAUAUAGUACCAGACUGCCAAGUUACCAGAGACUAUCUGGAGAUUCUAGAGUUACCUGAAAUUACUGGGAUUUUAUUUUUACAAACAGUCCUUCAUAGUGUUUUACAUCACGGUAACAGGAGGUCAUACAACAACAUACGUAAAAUGGUUAAAGAUCCAAGACAACAGUGUACAAUAUUUGCUAACGAGUAUUGUCAUUACGCUUACUGUGAACGACAGCCUGGGGAAUUACUCAAAGAAUGGCAACUGAGAUCAGUGUAUGAAGCUGCUGUAUGGUACUAUAAUCACCUUGCGGGACAAGUCUCUAUCGUUAUGAUCACUGAAGAUCAAGAAUUUAUUGCUAAGUUUGCUGCCAAGACAAGACAAGUGUUUUUACUGACAAUGCAAGAAUAUCUGAAAACUUUCUGGCCAACUUUAUCCAAUGCUCUUGAUAUUUAUGAGUCGCUGUCUGCUUCACUGUCAGAAUCAACUGUUGAGAAAGACACAACCAAAGGAUACAAGGAGUAUUUACCCCAAGAAAUAUUAUCAGCAGGAAUUAAGUCAGGACGAUAUAUACAAGGAUGCGUUCAUGUUAAUAAGCACAGACCACAAAGAGAAGCAUUUGUACAAAGAGCAGGUGGUGGAAUGAAAGAAUCUGGUACAGACUCUGAUAUUAUUAUAUCUGGUAUGUUAGCUAGGAACAGAGCAGUUGAUGGUGAUAUUGUCGCUGUAGAACUUUUACCCAAGUCACAGUGGGUUGGAAAAAUUAUCUCACUAACAGAAACUCAUGAAGGAAUUGAAAAUACGGAAGCGAUGAUUGAUUCAAGUAAUGUGAUGCCAACUGGCAGAGUUAUUGGAAUCCUACAAAGAAAUUGGAGAGAUUAUGUUGCUUCGUUCUCUGCUGAUAAGGAGAACAAAGGAAAUACAUCCAAAGCAGGAAAAGUUCUUGUUAUUCCCUGGGAUUACAGAAUACCUAAAAUACGGAUAAGUACACGACAAUCAGAUUCACUUGGAGAUCAUAGAGUCAUUGUCAGGAUUGAUUCAUGGCCUGUUGAUUCCCAAUAUCCGAACGGUCAUUUCGUACAGACGCUUGGUUCAAUUGGAAAGUUGGAAACUGAAAUCUCAUCAAUUCUUGUGGAAAACAGCAUCUCUAUCAGAUCAUUCUCAGAAGGACAGAUAAAAGAAUUGCCAUCAAAUUCCUCAGAUGACCCCUGGACCAUAGAUCCAGAGGAGGUUGCUAGGAGACAAGAUUUACGUGAUUCUCAUCUGAUAUUCAGUAUAGAUCCGAAAGGAUGUGAAGAUGUAGAUGACACUUUGUCUGUUAGGCAACUCCCGAAUGGUAACAUUGAACUUGGAGUUCAUAUAGCAGAUGUAUCUUAUUUUGUAAAACCGAAUUCAUUGACAGACCUAGAAGCCAAAUCAAGAGCCACAACUGUCUACUUAGCAGACAGACGCUAUGAUAUGUUACCACCGAUACUGAGUGCUGAUCUCUGUUCUCUGAUUGGUGGAGAAGACCGCUAUGCUAUGAGUGUUUUAUGGCAACUGAGUCCAAACUAUGAUGUCAUUGAUGUAUGGUAUGGAAGAACGGUUAUCAGAUCUGCAUACAAAAUGUUUUAUGAGGCUGCACAAGCAUUGCAUGAUGGGAAAGAUGUCAGGGAUGAUAUUCCUGAAUUAGAAGGAUUAGAUGAAGAGGUGAUACAGGAAAGGUUACGAGAACUGAAUUUUAGUAUUAGUACUCUGAUGAGCAUAGCAAGACAUUUGAAAUCAAAACGAGAGUCUGGUGGAGCGGUACAGUUAGAAGGACUUGAAAUCCAAGUGCAGCUGAGUGAUAAGAAAGACAUACAAGAUUUAGUACCAAAACAGGCACUAGAAAUACACGAGACUAUAGCCGAGUGUAUGAUAUUUGCAAAUCACUGGGUUGCAAAGAAAAUCACAGAAGCAUUUCCAAGCUUUGCACUUUUACGACAUCAUCCCUUGCCUCGACAAGAACACUUUGAGAAUCUUCUAUACUGUGCCAAGUCUAAGGGUUUCUCGGUGGAUACGAGUACAAAUAAAAACCUGGCUGACUCCCUGGAUCGCUGUGUGGAUGAAAAGAAUCCUAUAUUCAACAAAUUACUGAGAACACUUGCAACUUACGCAAUGUCUAACGCUUUGUAUUUUUCAACUGGUAGUCUUUCUAGAGAUCAGUUUUACCAUUAUGGUUUGGCUUUAGAUAGAUACACCCAUUUCACAUCACCAAUCAGAAGAUAUGCCGAUAUUAUUGUUCAUCGACUUCUGAUGGCUGCUAUCAAAGAAGAUGAAGAGAAUCUGUUGCUAGGAAACAAAGAACUACAAGAUUUGUGCGACCAUAUCAAUCAUAAAAAUAGAGCUGCCCAGCAUGCACAAAGGGCAUCUCAGGAAUUAUUCCAAGCAUUGUAUUUCAAAGACAGAGAUCCAAACACGGAUGAGAGUUGUGUGGUGGAUGCUGUUAUAUUUGGACUCAGAACUAAUGGAGUUUUAGUGUUUAUACCAAGGUAUCGUGCUCGUAUUUCAGUUGCUGCUUCACAUGCACAUACCUCAAUGACACGGUUUGAUCUUGUUGCAAGUGUGCCAUAUUGUAGUAAUCACAAAGAAGAAAAUGCAACUCAAAGACUUCAUGAAAAAACAGACAUAGUCCAGGAAGUGACAAGAGAUGUUAAACAGGAAGUAGCAAUAUCUACAGAAAUAAAUGAUGAACUUGGCAGUGAUUUCAAUGAACUUAAAUCUAAAUAUGGCCAAACCAAGGAUCAUUGCAGUAUAUAUUCUCUACUGCAGCAAUUUAAAGAAAUGGGUCUGGAAGAGGAAUCAUAA